ACCGCGCGUGGCGAGAGGUCGUGUCCCGCGUCCGGAGCAGCGGGUCCGCGCCCCGCGUCCGGAGCAGCAGGUUCGUGUCCCGCGUCCGGAGCAGCGGGUCCGCGCCCCGCGUCCGGAGCAGCGGGUCCGCGCCCCGCGUGCGGAGCAGCAGGUUCGUGUCCCGCGUCCGGAGCAGCAGGUUCGUGUCCCGCGUCCGGAGCAGCGGGUCCGCGUCCCGCGUCGGGAGCAGCGGGUCCGCGCCCCGCGUGCGGAGCAGCGGGUUCGCGUCCCGCGUCCGGAGCAGCGGGUCCGCGCCCCGCGUCCGGAGCAGCAGGUCCGCGCCCCGCGUCCGGAGCAGCACGUUCGCGUCCCGCGUCCGGAGCAGCGGGUUCGCGUCCCGCGUCCGGAGCAGCGGGUUCGCGUCCCGCGUCCGGAGCAGCACGUUCGCGUCCCGCGUCCGGAGCAGCGGGUUCGCGUCCCGCGUCCGGAGCAGCGGGUCCGCGUCCCGCGUCCGGAGCAGCGGGUCCGCAUCCCGACGGCUCGCGGCAGGAAAGCCCCGUUGAAGAAGGAGCGAGGAACGUGACAGUGACAACGGAUGGCCUCGGCGCACCACGACGUUAACUCCGCUUGGCCGUCGGGAGGGCGCCGAGGCGGCACCGAUCGCGACGGAGAUGCAGACCGGACCGCCGCGGAGAUCCGGCUUCACGCGCGUCAGGACGCGGGAUAAUGAACAGUGCGUUUGGUCCCGUCCCCGUCCCCAGGAGCAGGUCCCUGAACGCGGAGCGUCUCCGACGGGAGGGACGUGUCGUUCGCUCGCGGGGCCGCAGGGCCGACGUCCAGGGACGGAGCCAGUGGCUGCAAACGUCGACUGGAACGUUUAGCUGCGUUCCUGACCUCUUGGUGAGCUUCAGCCUCGUCUGCAGCGGCCAGUGCUUGAUUCGGUCCCGCGGACGUGGUGAAGCCUCCCUUACGGCUCCUGGAGAGUGGGAUUUCCCCGGAUCAGCGAGGGGAGUGCCGGGAGGCGGCGGCGCUGACUCUCCGGAGCCCGGCUCCGCGCCUCUGCUCCCCGAGCCGCCGCCGCCGCCCGCCUGGGGACAGGGACACCGCCGUCGCGCUCGGACCGCCUCCGCGGACCCCUUCCGAGAGGGCGCGCCCAGCCAUGGAGGGCGCGGAGCUGGCCGGCAAGAUCCUUUCCACCUGGCUGACGCUGGUGCUCGGCCUCAUCCUCCUGCCUUCGGCCUUCGGGGUGUCUCUGGGCAUCUCCGAGAUCUACAUGAAAAUCUUGGUGAAAACUUUAGAGUGGGCCACAAUCCGAAUUGAAAAAGGAGUCCCAAAGGAGUCGGGUCUUAAAAGCUCAGCUUCUGUCGGUAUUAUCCAAAGAGAUGAAUCACCCAUGGAAAAAGGGCUCUCUGGUCUGCGAGGAAGGGACUUUGAGCUGUCUGACGCGUUUUAUUUCUCCAAGAAGGGCUUGGAAGCCAUUGUGGAAGAUGAAGUGACCCAGAGAUUCUCCUCAGAGGAGCUGGUGUCAUGGAAUCUCCUCACAAGGACCAACAUGAAUUUCCAGUAUAUCAGUCUGCGGCUCACCGCGGUGUGGGUGCUGGGUGUCCUAGUGCGCUACUGUGUCCUGCUACCCCUGAGGGUUACCUUGGCUUUCAUUGGCAUCAGUUUGUUGGUUAUAGGAACCACACUGGUUGGGCAGCUGCCAGACAGCAGCCUCAAAAACUGGUUGAGUGAACUGGUCCACCUGACCUGCUGCCGCAUCUGUGUACGAGCCCUCUCCGGCACCAUUCAUUAUCAUAACAAGCAGUACAGACCCCAGAAGGGGGGCAUUUGUGUUGCCAACCAUACUUCCCCAAUAGACGUCUUGAUCUUGACGACGGAUGGAUGCUAUGCCAUGGUUGGUCAGGUCCAUGGUGGAUUGAUGGGAAUUAUUCAGAGAGCUAUGGUCAAGGCUUGUCCACAUGUCUGGUUUGAACGCUCAGAGAUGAAGGAUCGACACUUGGUCACUAAGAGACUGAAAGAACACAUUGCUGAUAAGAAAAAACUACCCAUAUUAAUCUUUCCUGAAGGGACUUGCAUCAACAACACUUCAGUCAUGAUGUUUAAAAAGGGAAGCUUUGAAAUUGGAGGAACCAUACAUCCAGUCGCAAUUAAGUAUAACCCUCAGUUUGGGGAUGCAUUUUGGAACAGUAGUAAGUACAACAUGGUGAGCUACCUGCUUCGAAUGAUGACCAGCUGGGCCAUCGUCUGUGACGUGUGGUACAUGCCCCCCAUGACCAGAGAGGAAGGAGAAGACGCCGUCCAGUUUGCUAACAGGGUUAAGUCUGCCAUUGCUGUGCAAGGAGGGUUGACUGAGCUUCCCUGGGAUGGAGGGCUGAAGAGAGCAAAGGUGAAGGACACCUUCAAGGAGGAGCAGCAGAAGAAUUACAGCAAGAUGCUUGUGGGCAACGGGUCUCUCUGAGUCGGACUCCGUGCUACCCUGGUCAUCAAGUUUGGCUUCCCAGAACCAGCCCCUAGAAAUGGAAUGUGCUGGGGUUUUUUGGCGAGGGAGUAGAGUGUAGUUUUGUUUUACUGUUUUGGUUUAUUUGCUGCUGCUGUUAAUCUUUUCUACAGGUUGGAUUGUCUCUACCUCUUUAUGCCAAAAGCAGAACCCAGCGGGGUAGGGGGCGUUUCGGCUUUUGUUGUCGCUAUAGCAGUAGCCUCAUGAAUUGUAAGGUAGUUCACUGAGUUGAAACAGAUCCUGCCUUUUGUAAGAUGAUGACAUCAUCAUUAAUCAAAUGAAAUACUUCUGCAGGGAAAAAGUGCUUCUCAAACACUUUUGGAACUCACUGUGUUUCUCAAAAAAAAUCCCCCUUGCUCUCUUGGUGAUUAAUUUUCUCACUCCUUCUCCCCUUACCUCUCCUUCAGUCCCUUGAACAGUGAGAUCACACAUCGGUUCAGGGUCCCCUCCAUGGUUACCUUCUACUGCAAGAUCGAAAAGAAAAAUGGAGGAUGUUCUUUAGGAGAAAGGGCAGAUUUGUGGCCACUUGAUCUGAAAGUUGAAAGCAAAUGUAAAUAUUUUUUUUAAUAGUGUGUUAGAGGCGAACUUCAAUUUGGUCAGCUGUACCAAAGAAAAGUGUGUGCAGGUUACUGUGUGUGUUUAUAGGUAGGUGAAUUUUGAAUAAAUCCUUUUAGCUGGCAACUGCUGAUAAAGUUUUAUUAAGUUUUCCUUGUUUGUACACUAAAGAUCUAUAUCUAGUGCCUCUCCUAUCUCCUGAUUUGAUGUUGUACUGAAAUGUGUUUUCAAACAGGAGGAGCCCUUAACAACCACACGUCACGUUGUCUUCAGCGGGGGUCUGAGUGAGCCCCUCACCCUCCACCCCUUUGAGGUUUCUUUCAGAAUGUUGCCAGUUCCUUAAACAGAAAAAUAAGUGGAAAAAUUACCUUUUGGAAACUGAGCCUUAAAUUUUUUAAGGGGAAAUAAGUGUUUCCCGACUCACACAGCAUAAGCAAUGUUGGAUGGCAAUGUCAUGCCGUGUUAUACUCGGAGAGUAUUGUCUCUCUUCCGGUAACCAUGUACAAAAUGUGAAACUGUCUCACCGUGAAUAUAAAUAAAUUCUAUAUUUCUAA